CCGCUGAACCGCGUCGACUUCAAAGCAAUACCCAAUAUCACAGAGACACUACAGCAAACCCAGCAUCCGACACUAACCUUCGAAUGCCACGACAAGAGCCUCAACGAGACCGUCGAGCACAUGCUUCGCCACCACCCACUGGGGCCCCUGCAGCCGCACUCCAGGCCCCACCUCUUCACCGGCGGCUCUAAGCACCCCAAGCAGCCGAUCGAAGACGCAUGGGCAGUGAUCAUGGUUGGGGAAGACGAAGGCGGCUUCACAUUUCAAGGAGCGGUGGCCGGGAAGCACAGGAGCGCCACCGACGUCGCCGCGAUGGACAACAGCAACUUGAAAACCACAUCCACCACCGUCGAGAUCGCCGCACUCAUAUGGGCUCUCGCCUGGGUCAUCCACCGCAACCUCGACGACGUCGUCACGACAUCUACGGACUCGCUGGGGGCCCUGCAGCUUGCGAAGAGGAAGAUCGACCUGCAGCACGUUCACGCCCGCGAGCACAGCACUUGGAACGAAGUUGCCGACGCGGCCGCCAGCCGCGGUCGAAUCACUGCAGUACCAGUUCCACAGCAAGAACGGGCAAGUACAACGGACGGCACUUACCAACGGGACUGGGAGUUCUUGCUCGACGCCGACGAGAACACCAAGGAGGCCUACCCCAAUUUGGCGCAAGGCAGCCUCGCGGCAACCAAC